UAGGCACGGGAUGAUGAAACGAUUUUUCACCCAGAGACUUGUGAAUCUGUUGAAUUCUCUGCCACAAGAGGCAGUGGAGUCGAAUUCACUGGGUGUUUUCAAGACCAGUAAGAUUUAGCUUUUGGGGCUCAAGGAAUUAAGGCAUAUGGGGAAAAACCUUGAACGGGAUUUUGUAUGAUCAGCCAUGAACAUAUUGAAUGGCGGUGCUGGCUCUAUGGGGCGAAUGGACUACUCUUGCACCUAAUUUCUUUGUAUCUAUGUUUCUACUACGGGUGCUCUCUGCACGUUCUCCCCGUGACCGUGUGGGGGUUUUCCGAGAUCUUAGGUUUCCUCCCACACUCCAAAGACCUAGGUUAAUUGGCUUGGCAUACAUGUAAAUUGUCCCUAAUGUAUCUGGAACAGUGCUAUCGUGCAGAGUGGUUUUCUCACAACACAUACGUAAUGUUGAGGCUCGGUAAGGUGAUGGUCAUGCCGCAUUUGGAGCACCGUGAGAAAAUUUGGGCCCCAUAUCUGAGGAAGGAUGUGCUGGAUCUGGAGAGUAUCCAGAGUAUGAUUCAAGGAAUGAGUGGGUUAGUUUCCGAUGAGAGUUUGACAGCACUGGGCCGCUACUCGCUGGAGUUUAGAAAGUUGAGGGGGACCUCAUUGAAACAUAGAAUAAUGAAAGGUACAGAUCGAGUCGACGUGGAAAAGAUGUGAGAGAGUCCAUGGCCAGCAAUCAUGGUGUCGGAAUUAAAGGCCGCUCUUUUCGAAAGGUGGUGAGGAGGAACUUAUUUAGUCAGAAGGUAGUUAAUCUGUGGAACAUUGCCACAGAGGACUGUGGAGGCCAUGGCAGUGGAUAUUAAGGCAGAGAAUGACAAGUUAUUUAUUAAACGGGUGUCCAGUGAUAUCGGUGGCAGAUGUUCGAUACCAAUCACUUACUUUCAAUGCGAUUUACUUCGGGGGAUUGGGGAAAAACAAACACGUGACUUUAUUUUAUUUUCAGAAUUAGAAACCGUGAAGCAACGUUUGAAGGAAAAGGAGGACGAACUGAAAAAUAGAGAAACAGAUAUGGGCAAACAUGUGCAACUCGAUGACGAAAAGUUACGUGAAUUGAAAGCAGAGCAUCAGACCUUACAAAUUAUUCGCCAAGACCUAGAAAAACUGCUACGUGCAAGAGAUAAAGAGAACGAAGAACUUCGUAAAGAUGGCGGUGUGGAGGAACUAAAGAAAAAAUUGAGCGAAGUUGAGACGGCGCUGGCAGCAAAAGAAGAAGAACUGAAAAUAAUCAAAGAAUCCACGCACGGCAAAGAAGCGUGUGGGCUGGAAAUAAAGAAACUCAAGGAUGAUCUAGAGGAGAAACAAACAUCUUUGAAUGUGAAAAUUAAAGAAUUGGAGCACAUAAAAGAGGAGCUAGAGAAAACAGCUCAGAAAUUGAAGAGGAAUGAUGCAGAAAUUGCAGAACAUCUGAGAAACGAUGAAUUGCGUUUAAAAGAAUCGAAAUCAGAAUUAGACAAAUUGGAAAUCAUUCGCAAGGACGUCGAGUCAUUGGUUAAGCAAAAGGAUGAAGAACUUGAAAGGCUACGAAAUAUUAUUAAGGACCGAGAAAAAUCGAAUGCAGGUCGCCUGUAAUCCUAUUGUCCUUUACGCUACAGCAGUAUCGGAGCUCAAGACAACACAGUCUGUUUACUUCAACUGGAUUUAUUUGCUUCAUCUUAAAUACGCUCGUAACACUCUUUUAUUAUAUACAUUUUGCCAUUACAGUAUAAGUAGCGCGUUCCAUUAUUACAACAAGCAAUUCAUCUUUUUCCAAGUGUUUUUGAACGAUACACAGAACCAUGUUUUAGAAAAUUAAGCUUUACGAAGAAACAUGCUCUGUGUCGUGAAUUGUCGCUGGUCAAUGAAACAAUGCAGUUGUUGUCAGAGAAAGGUUAGAUGCCUAAAAUAAGAAGUCGAUUAUUGUUAAUGAAAAAAAAACCCCGAAUCUUCCAGCUAGAGAGCGUGAAAUAACAAUUUAAUUUUAGGCUGGCUAUAGCAUUAAAGUUUCAUCAUCUUGUACUUUCUUUUUUGAACCAGAAUGUGACCGUAAAAAUCUGGAUAUUUGUGAAACGUGCAUUACACAUAUUGUUCGGCUGAAUAGAGAUGUGUUUGCCUUGGAAAUGAUAAGCACGUGCGAAGUGCUCCCAACGCGGCUUUAUAGCGGUAUCGCCGAAUUGUUCCCAUUUUAUUUAUUAUGCAUGAGAACAUGAUAACACAAAACACUGGUUUGUAAAGGAAGACAAAAAUGGGAAAAUAUUUCUUCGAAAUUACUCACUGUUUCCCGAAUGAAGAGGCGGGCUGGGAAUGUGAAGAGUGUGGAGUGGGAGAUUGAGUUCACGAACUCUCAUCUACUCUGGAAAGGGAUCAACGUUUUUGAAAUGCACACUGCAUUUCUCUCUGCGAUAAUGCCUCAUCACGUGUCCAUUGUAUUUUCAGUAUUCCUCCACAUGUUCAUCAAUGCCAUUCCAUACCAGAGAUUUUGAUAGCGUGUAUCUAUAGGGUAGAACUAGAAAGGUUCUGUGCAUCUUAAAUUAUUUUUGAAUUCCUUGAAAGCAAUUUAAAUCAGUUAAAUUCGGAAAAUUACCUCUACUUCGGAUGGACCUUCUACAUUAACUUUCCUCAAAUGACGAAACACGGCAUUCGAUCAUGCGAAUCAUCAACCACACAUGGGUAAAAUUUGACCUAAUUUCGAAGUAGAACUGAACAAACCGCCAUCAAAUCCGCCUCGUUACUUUAUGGAAAUUUAGCCGCAGCGGGAAUAUGAUCAAACAAUGGAAGCAAAAUGUCACCAUCACGUCUAUGGAAGCCACCUAAACUAAAGAUGUUUGAUGAAUUCCUGAGUGGAGGCUGGGAGCACAUCAUAUAAAAUGUUAGUUAACAUGUACGAUUAUCUGUUUAGCUACAACAUAAAUAAACCUUCAAUUUAUGCUCAAGUCGUCAUAUCCUUCUCAAAUAAUAUAGUUGUUCUCAUGACAUGAUGUCCAUGCAGCCGCUUAGCGUUGCAAUUGCAUGGUUUGAUGCUGCUGUAUUCAUUUACUUCGUUAUAUGUAUGUGCGUUUACUUUAUGACACUAUUAAUAUUUCACUUCAUGUGUUAUCCGGUUGGUUUGGAUAUUAAUAAAAAUCGUAACACGAAUUGCAUGUCUUUUAUUAAUUGACAAGAAGACACCCUAAUGGAAUCAUUUCCGUGACGUUAGUGGAAUGGGAGAAAUUAU